AUGGGUCUUGCCGACUACUUAGCACAGAACUAUCUAUCCGCCGACAAAUCAUCCAAAGGCAAGAAGCGCAAGAGGAAGCAUGCCGAGGACGCGGGCCUAGUCAUCGCCGACGAUGAUGUGAGCGGCCUGAGCAAACCACGAAAUGGCGACGAUGACGAAGACACACCCAUGUUCAUCCCUGGAGGCGCAAACAUCAGCAAACGAACAACGACAUGGAGGACAUUUGGCAAAGCCGCUCCCUCCAACAACGAGCAAGCUGCAGCUGAUGCGAUCCUCGCCGAUGCCGCCGCCGAGACUCAAGCCCGUAAUGCCGAAGACGAAGACGCGCCUGCUGUCGUAGGGGAAGACGAAGAGAUGGACUACUCGGGACCAACAAUGGCCUCAGGCGCAAUGGCGGGUUUACAGACGGCGGAACAAGUCACAAAGGCUUUGAAGAGAAGAGAGCGUGAGGAGAAAAGGGCAAUGCAGGAGAUGGGCAUGGAUCCUACGGGCAAGGCACAAGAGACAAUAUACCGUGAUGCGUCUGGUCGCAUCAUCAACGUCGCCAUGAAACGCGCCGAGCUACGACGUCAGGCCGAUGAGGAAGAGAGGAAGAAGGCAGAGGAGGCCGAGAACAGACGCGGCGAUGUGCAAAAGAGAGAAAAAGAGGCGCGCAUGCGAGAAUUGGAAAAGGCAAAGACAAUGUCUCUGAGUCGCUACGCAGAUGAUCGCCAACUCAACGACGAGCAAAAGGAGCAAGAACGCUGGAACGAUCCAGCCUUAGCUUUCCUCAGCAGAGGUGCGACUACGAAAGGGACCAAGACCGCCAAAGGAAGGAAAAAGACAUACACGGGCGCCUUUGAGCCUAACCGUUACGGCAUCAAGCCCGGAUACCGAUGGGACGGUGUGGAUCGUAGCAUUGGCUUCGAGCAGAGAUGGUUCGAGGCGCGCAACCAACAGCAAAACAUCAAAGACUUGAAAUACGCUUGGCAGAUGGACGAAUAG